ACGAUGAUGGAGAUUGAAUUUCAGGUAAAAUUUCUUGCCUUGCAUGUCGAUUUUCUUAGGAUUUUCCUCGAUUUUGGUUGGAUUUUGACUUUUAGCGAGUGCCUGAUGUAUGUUUCUCUUCGGAUUUCUGGGUUUUUUUGUGGGUUUCUAUUUUGGGUUCGAUCAAGCGGAAAGAAGAAAAAAAAUUCUCGAUGGCGAUGAGCUCGGCGGUAUUGGUAUCGGGAAGAAAAGCUGAGGGAGAAGAAGAAGAGUCGUCGGCGAGCUCCGGUGAAACCGCAACGACUGACACGAUGGGUAGGGAACAGGGUAGGAAUCGAUGGAAGGGAGAAGAAGGGGAGCCGCCACCGGCAGUCCUGAAUACUGCUGGCGACGCGAAUAAUGCCGACAGGGAGAUAAAUCCCUUCUUUUGGUAAGUUUUUCGUGGUUUAGACUAGAGUAGGGGGUUUGUUGAUCCUUUUGGUUUUACCUUGAUUGAAUAAGGCUCAAGAUAGGGUGCAUAACCAUGGGUUAUGUACCCAUCAAUAACCGAAUAUGGACCCUUCAUUUAGAAAAUUCAGAUAUAAGGAUGGAGAAUUAAAGACCAUUUUUUAU